AUGAGCCUUUCACGUAAAUAUCAAUCUUCCUUCUCUCCUGAGAGUAUAGCUAACAACAUAUCCGGUGGAAACUAUGCGGGGUCAGAUUCAGGUAAUCAGUCCUUCUAUGAUCAAUCUGAACAAUCAAAAACAAGUUCAAAAAGAACCUCUAAUUCUAAUCAAGUUGGAAUCUUUAGCCAAAAAAUUGAAUCAUAUAUUGUCCAAUACCAUCAAAUACAUAAACCAUGUGUAAGACAUAACAACCCCAAAUAUCAUGAAAAUCCAACUAAUUUCACUAACUCAUCAAGAGAUCAAAAAGAAUUUAUAGAAAAAGAUUACAAACUUGAGAAUAAUCUAUUGAUCACAAAAGAAAAUGUGAUGAUGAUUUUAAUGAGAGAAGAACCUAUGAAGUUUGAAAAGUUUUUAAAAUUCUUUGAAUAUGAAUUAUUAAAAUUUAAAGAUAAUUUAUUGAUAUUAGAUGAAAAUGGAUUUGAAGCAAAUCAUAAUCAAAAUCAAGAAUCUUUUGAUGAUUAA